AAUCCAAAACUUGAAUCUUGAUCGACUCUCUGACCUCCUCACUCUCAUCUCAACCCCGAAACAAACCCAAGAUCAAAAUCCCAAAAAAUCUCUCUUCCUCAUCCUCAGCCAUGAUCCUCCUCCCACCUUCAAUCACCACCACUACAAGCUCAAUCUCAACUUCUCGCUACACUAACAGCAACAAGCUCAAAACCUUAUUCCUCCCUUCAUUUCUCCCCAUUUCCUCCAUCAAAUUGACCCAUUUGAGACCAGCGAGCAAUGGGAGGAGAUUUGGGUUGAGCCCAUGUUGCUCUUUGUUGGAGGCCCCUGUGCUUUGGGCUGGGAGGCUCUGCAUCUUCUAUGCUCUACUCAAGGCUGGGCUUGCUGGGUCUCCAUCAAAUCCUAUCAUCUCUUCUGAGCUGGGAGGUGAUGGUGAUGAUUUAGGUUUUUCCAAGUGGUUUGAGAGCUUCCAAGGGGCUUCAGGUGAGAAAGAAGCCAGUGAUAGAAGGAAAUUAGUGAAGAACUGGCAUCCCACAACAAAAGGUACACUUAAGCGGAGUUAUAGAGUGCCUUCAAAAGCUCAGGGGCGAAAACUUCUUAAAGCCAUUGCUGCUUUGCUCUCUGAUGACGAUCAUUUCGUGGACGUUACUUCUCAUAAGGGUUGUCAAAUACGGAGGGAAAAUGCUCAUGGAGAGAGUGUAUGCUGCAACAAUGUGAGAGCUCUCUUUGAUGAGCUCCCAACUCCACACUUGGUCGUCGAGAUAACUCCUUUCCCUGCUGGACCUCUCACAGAGAAGGACUACGUGAAGGCGGAAAAGCUUGAGAAGGUGCUCAGAUCUGGAUCUUCAAUUUGAGCCUUAUUUUCUUUGCAUGUUUUCCUUUGUAUACCUUUUGUUGCGCGUGUGUGUAUAUGUAUAUAGUGAACAGUAGCUACUAAUCAUCUUUAAUGACUAUUUAACUGUUUAGACUUAU